AUGGCUAGUGAUCAAGACAGUGCAAAUAGUUUUUUCACGUGGUUCGGACCGAUAGCGAUCGGUGAAGAUGGGGGCAAAUACGACGAUGAUUCCGUGAAGAUUCCUGUCAGCAUUCUCCUUGUUUUAUGUUUUAUAAUGAGCGUGGUUGGCAAUGUGUGCACUUGUGCUGUCAUCAUUCGUGAUCGCUCCAUGAGAACACCUACCAACUGCUACCUGUUUAACAUCGCUAUAACAGACCUGACGGCCGCUUUGUUUAUCCCGUUCGAGGUGUAUGUCAUGUGGGCGCCAGACGCUUAUCCGUUUGGAGAAGUGGGAUGUAUCAUUCGCUUUCUAGCGUGGGAAUGUUUAUGCAACUGUAGUGUCCUGACGAUAGCUGCGUUCACAGUGGAGAGAUACCUGGUGGUUUCCAAGCCUUUCCUUCGUCAGAAGCUGACCUUAAGGCCCCGCGUGUAUAAAAUUGUGGCCACCAACUGGUUGGUCUCCGUCUGCUUCUGUUUGCCUUUUCUCUUCGCCAUACAUUUAUACGAGAAGAACGACCAAGCCUACUGCUAUUUAACACUGCCGGUCUUUUUAAAACUGGAGAUAGUGACUGAGAUGUGUGUGUUCUUCGUAAUUCCGAUGACUAUGAUAUUCGUGUUGUACAUAUUGAUUGCAUUUAAAAUAAAGUCGAUGAAAGUGUCGAAUGGAACUAGUCCGGUGAACGGGAAGCAGUAUCGAGACAAGACCAUAGUGAUGUUGGCGGCCGUGGCGGCCACAUUUUUCUUCUGCUGGUUCCCGUUCUUCCUUCUGCGUCUGGUGCUCGUGGCUCCCAUAAAUAAGUGGGCAGACUAUGGAAAGAUGUUGCGCACUCUGCGCUACAUAUGCCUGGUGAACGUGUACAUAUAUACGGCGGUUAAUCCCAUUCUAUACAGCCUCAUGUCUCGCAAGUUCUCACGAGCGUUCAAGGAUCUGCUCAAAGGUCGAAGACACAACACAGUUUUCUCAACGUCAACCCGCCACACUGCCACUGCAGUGUCCUGAAGUUACAAGGGACUAACUUGGCCGAUUUUUACACAGUUUUAAAUUAAACAACAUACGUCAACACAGAUCAUAGUUUAAACUAGAUGCCGCAAGCAAUUUAAAAUACUUAAGGCAAAAAUUUCAUACUUUUGUAAGUGUAAAUGGGUUCAAAUUUUACGUCCAUAUUCGCUCGUGCCAUAGACAAAACUGCGAGUUCACAUUAAUUAUAAAAAACAAAAAAAAAUAUCGGUGGACCUUCCUUGGCGCAGGUACCAUAACGUUACCGGACCAAUUUACGAAUGGGAAACUCGUUUAUAAACAGGGCAUUAAAUAAUGCGCAAGAAGACCUUUUUAUAUUGUACACACAUAAAACAAAAACCCUACAUAUUAAAGAUUUACUAUCACUCUCUGCGAUUGUUGCGCCAUUUAUGGUCCUAGCUAAAUUAGUUGUUCCAUACUUACGCUAUGGAAUGCCAAAUUUAGCUAGAGCUCUAAAUGGCGUAACAAUCACGGAGCGUGACUGUAUAAAAAACAAGACCGAAGUGAUCCCAUAAGUGUUCCGUAAACAAAGUUUUGUACGGAACACUAAAAAUACAGUAACUAUACCUACGGUGCAUUGCACUUAUCUGAUAAAACUUGUGAAUUACGAGCAUUAAAAUUUUGCGUUUUAGUUUAUAUUAUGGUCUGUGCUGAUGAACAAUGAAAACGGGUGUGUAGAAUUUCCGUGGAAAUUGACCCGUUUUAAUUUUUGUUGAGUGUAAUUCUAACUAAACAAACCCACCGCUGUUUUGUACAAUAUUUAAUGUUAAGAA